CCGAGGGGCGUGGCCCAGGCGGCGGACAGGCAGGCCGGGCCGUGCGGUGCGAGUGGCGGAGGCGACGGUGGAGCAUCAUGGGGUCGCAGCUGAGCACGUUGGGCCACGUGGUCCUGUCCCCGGUCUGGUUCCUGUACAGUCUGGUGAUGAAGCUUUUCCAGCGCUCGGCCCCGGCCAUCACCCUCGAGAGCCCCAACAUCAAGUACCCGCUGCGGCUCGUCGACAAGGAGGUCAUCAACCAUGACACGAGAAGGUUCCGCUUUGCCCUGCCGUCACCCGAGCACAUCCUGGGCCUCCCUAUCGGCCAGCAUAUUUACCUCUCGGCCCGCGUGGAUGGAAACCUGGUCAUCCGGCCCUACACACCCGUCUCCAGUGAUGAUGACAAGGGCUUCGUGGACUUGGUGGUCAAGGUCUAUUUCAAGGACACGCACCCCAAGUUUCCCGCCGGGGGGAAGAUGUCCCAGUACCUGGAGAACAUGAAGAUCGGGGACACCAUUGAGUUCCGGGGCCCCAACGGGCUGCUUGUCUACCAGGGCAGAGGCAAGUUCGCCAUACGCCCCGACAAGAAGUCCAGCCCGGUGGUGAGGACGGUGAAGUCGGUGGGCAUGAUCGCAGGAGGCACCGGCAUCACCCCGAUGCUGCAGGUGAUUCGUGCCAUCAUGAAGGACCCAGAUGACCACACCGUGUGUUAUCUGCUGUUCGCCAACCAGACGGAGAAAGACAUUCUGCUUCGGCCCGAGCUGGAGGAGCUGCAAAGCCAACAUUCCGCCCGCUUCAAGCUCUGGUACACGGUGGACAAGGCCCCCGAAGCCUGGGACUACAGCCAGGGCUUCGUGAACGAGGACAUGAUCCGGACACACCUGCCGGCGCCCGAGGAGCAGCCGCUGGUGCUGAUGUGUGGGCCGCCCCCCAUGAUCCAGUACGCCUGCCUGCCCAACCUGGAGCGUGUGGGACACCCCACUGAGCGCUGCUUUGCCUUCUGAGCAUGUCCCGCACCCCUGCGCCCCUCUCACAGCCCCCACCUCCGCCCUGGUUUCUGGGGGAUCUUGGGGAGUUGGUUCUGUGACAGGCGGGGACCCCUCUGGGGCAACCUUCCUCCCUACCCACACACUACGGGGCCAACCCAUGGCCACAGUCACCUGUACCCCACUUCUCUCCAAAGCAGACCCAGGGGCAGGAAUCUGACCAGCAGGUGCUGGCGGCCCCAAGCUCCAACUGCCAGGGACCCCCACACCCGUCACGGUUUUAUUUUGCAGUCCCUUAGGAGUGCAGGGCAGAGGGGCGGCUGACCCAAAACUCCCCUCCCAGCACAUCCCACCACAGAGGUCAGCUUCAAGAUGGUGGCUCUCGCUGCGGACCUCCACUCAGACGGUGCCUAUUUACUCUCCUGCCCCACCCUCCCACCUCCCGGUC